AUGUCACUUUGCUGCACAGAGGAGUUUGAUGGGCCUCGGCGGUCAAAUGCAUGCUCACGGAGACUCUACUUGGGUUUGUGUUCAUGCAAGAGUAGCCCAAGUGAGCUCGGGGCCCGUUCUGGGCGUGCUCUGGAUGGCCUGCGCUGGGGAAACUUCUGUGCUGCUGUGAAAUUCCUGGACAGGCCUGGUGUUUGCAGCAGUGCUGAAGUUUGUGAUGCCGUGUUUGCCUUCGACCACUGCUUCUGGUCCAUGGAUGAGUCCAACAUCCCGAAGUACGCCGGUCAGGAGGUCGUCUUCAAGUGCCUCGGGGAGGGAAUACUUGAAAACGCCUUUCAAGGAUACAACGCCUGCAUUUUUGCCUAUGGACAAACAGGCUCGGGGAAAUCCUUCUCCAUGAUGGGCAACGGAGAGCAGCCGGGCCUGAUCCCCAGACUCUGCUGCUCGCUGUUCGAGAGGGUCUCCAGAGACCAGAACCAGACCCAUUCCUUCAAGGUGGAGGUGUCCUACAUGGAGAUCUAUAAUGAGAAAGUCCGGGACCUGCUGGAUCCCAAAGGGAGCAGACAGUCUCUGAAGGUCAGAGAGCAUAAAGUCCUGGGUCCGUAUGUGGACGGUCUGUCUCAGCUGGCUGUGAUGAACUUCGAGGACAUUGAGUCUCUGAUGUCGGAGGGGAAUAAAUCACGCACAGUAGCCGCCACUAACAUGAACGAGGAGAGCAGCCGAUCGCACGCCGUCUUCAGCGUCAUCGUCACGCAGACGCUGUAUGACCUGCAGUCUGGGAAUUCUGGUGAGAAAGUGAGUAAGAUCAGUCUGGUUGAUCUGGCCGGCAGUGAACGCGUAUCUAAGACUGGAGCUGCUGGAGAGAGACUGAAGGAGGGCAGCAACAUCAACAAGUCUCUGACAACGCUGGGCUGUGUUAUUUCUGCACUCGCUGAUCAGUCUGCAGGAAAAGGCAAGAGCAAGUUUGUGCCGUACAGAGACUCAGUGCUGACGUGGCUGCUGAAGGAUAAUCUGGGUGGCAACAGUAAGACGGCCAUGAUCGCCACCAUCAGCCCAGCCGCUGACAACUACGAGGAGACACUCUCGACGCUACGCUACGCCGACCGAGCCAAGAGAAUCGUCAACCACGCCGUGGUGAACGAGGAUCCCAACGCCCGCAUCAUCAGAGAGCUGCGGGAGGAAGUGGAGAAGCUGAAGGUGCAGCUCUCGCAGGCUGAGUCUCUGAAGGCUCCUGAGCUGCAGGAGAAACUCCAGGAGUCUGAGAAACUCAUUCAGGAGAUGACGGUAACCUGGGAGGAGAAACUCCGGAAAACUGAGGAGAUCGCACAGGACCGUCAGAAGCAGCUGGAGAGCAUGGGAAUCUCUCUGGAGUCGUCAGGGAUCAAGGUCGGAGAGGACAAGUGCUUCCUGGUCAACCUGAACGCUGAUCCGGCUCUCAAUGAGCUGCUGGUUUACUAUCUGAAGAUAAAAUCAGCCAUUAGCAACCCCAUGCAGAAGGCGGUGCAUGCUCUGGAGAAGCAGUAUGUGGAGGAGAAGCGUGUGGCGCUGGAGGAGCAGCGGCUGAUGUAUGAGCGCGAGCUCCAGUCUCUGCGGCAGCAGCUCUCGCCGGAGAAAGCGUCUCAGCACCAGCGCUGCAGCAGCUUCCCCACACACAACACACACACCAAACUGCGCCUGUGGACCGACGAGAGGGACGAGCUGUUCCGUCAGAGUCUGUCUCGGCUGCGUGAGCAGGUGGUCCGAGCGAACACUCUCGUGCGAGAAGCGAACUUUCUGUCCGAGGAGAUGCACAAACUCACCGACUAUCAGGUCACGCUGCAGAUCCCAGCCGCCAACCUCAGCGCCAACCGCAAGCGUGGCGCAAUAGUCAGUGAACCGGCGAUCCAGGUGCGACGUAAAGGGAAGGGAACGCAGGUGUGGACCAUUGAGAAACUAGAGAACAAACUAGUGGACAUGAGAGACCAUUACAGAGACUGGAGAGAAGCAGCACAGGAGGUGGUGAACCGGCUGCACAGUAAGGCGGGCGAUCCGUUCUAUGAAGCGCAGGAGAAUCACAAUCUCAUCGGCGUGGCAAACGUCUUCCUGGAGUGUCUGUUUCAUGAGGUGAAGCUGCAGUACGCCGUUCCCAUCAUCAGCCAGCAGGGGGAGGUGGCAGGUCGUCUGCAGGUGGAGCUGCUGCGGGUGAGCGGCGUCGUUCCCGAGCGUUUAGCCGGAGGAGACGAUUCCUCCGAGAACUCCAGCCAGAGCAGCGGAUACGAGGUCAUGGACAACAACGGAGAGAUCGUCCACAUGGCCAGAAAACUCACCUGCAGGGUGCGGAUCAGAGAGGCGUCUGGUCUUCCUCUCAAUCUCUCCAACUUCGUCUUCUGUCAGUACACCUUCUGGGAACAAUCAGAGCCCGCCGUGGCUCCGCCCAUCGUCAGCCCGGACACGCCCCCCUCACAGACAGCCGACGCCCACUUCACUGUGCGCUUUGACCACUGCAGGGAUUUCGUGGUGCAGGUGACGGAGGAGUUUCUGGAGUUCGUCUCAGACGGCGCUCUGGCCAUCGAGGUCUGGGGUCACCGGUAUGCGGGUAACGGCCGGUCCGUGUGGGAGCUGGACGCACUGCAGGCCAAGAGACGCACGCUCAGAGACAGGUGCGUUUACAGCCAGAUUCUGGUUAUCGGUAAAACCCGUGAGCGUUCAAAGUGUGAAUGUGAGUCGGUCAGCAGAUCUGUGCGAGUGUGUGACAGACUGUAUUCUCUCCAGCAGAUGGAGGAAGACACCGAUAUGGAUAGUUAUCAGGAGGAGGAUCUGAACUGCGUGCGUGAGCGCUGGUCUGACGCUCUCAUCAAGCGCAGGGAGUAUCUGGAGGAGCAGAUCAAGAGGAUCAUCAACAAGCCAGAGAAGUGCGAGGAGGACGUGGAGCGGGAGGCCGGGCUGGUGGAGCAGUGGGUGGGUCUGACGGAGGAGAGGAACGCCGUGCUGGUUCCGGCUCCUGGCAGCGGGAUCCCAGGGGCCCCGGCGCACUGGGUUCCCCCUGCUGGCAUGGAGGCUCAUAUUCCUGUGCUGUUCCUGGAUCUGAAUGCUGAUAACCUGACGGUGAACGAUCAGCUGACCGGUCCUCACGCCGCCGGUGUUAACUCAAUCCUUCCCAAAGAGCACGGCAGCCCGUUCUUCUACCUGCCCAUCAUCAGACACAGCAAUGACGAGGUGUCGGCUGUGUGCUCCUGGGAUUCGUCCAUCCACGACUCCAUCCAUCUGAACCGGAUCACGGCGCCCAGCGAGCGGAUCUACCUGAUCGUGAAAGCCACGGUUCAGCUCAGUCACCCGGCGUCUGUGGAGCUGGUGCUGCGCAAGAGGAUCGCCGUCAACAUCUACAACAAACAGAGUUUUACUCAGAGCCUGAAGAGACGGAUGUCUUUGAAGAACGUUCUGUACUCCUGUGGAGUGACGUAUGAGAUCGUGUCCAACAUUCCAAAGGCGUCUGAGGAGCCGGAGGAGCGAGAGACUCUGGCCUUGAUGGCGGCGCGAGGAGAGAGUGAGGAGACGCUCGAUGGAGAGACGUAUAUAGAGAAAUACACCAGAGGAGUGCUGGAGGUGGACAAUAUUCUGUGUCUGGAGAGACUCCGGCAGGCCGUGACGGUGAAGGAAGCUCUCUCCGCUAAAGGCAGACACAUACGGCGCAGUCUCAGCACGCCCAAUGUCCAGCACAGCUCUUGUUGUAAACCGGACGGGACUGGAUGUGAGGAUGAGGACGUAAAGACUCACUGUGAUGGUCCAAUGGAUGUCACAGAAUCCAACGUAAAUGAAGCUUCACUCAACAGUCCUCUCGCAAAAGACACGCCUGUCAAAAACAAAGAAAAUCAGGGAUCGGUACCAGAGAGUCCAACGUUCUUCAACUCCAGUCCGUUUAAGGUUCUGUCUCCUCAACCGCCCAAGUUCCUCAAACACACUUUGCAGAGCAUGCGUUGGUUUGUGGACCCCGGCGGACCCUGGUCCAGACCCAGGGCUCAGAGCGAGGGCCGUGGCACCAGUGACAUCAUCAGCAGCUCGGCCAAUCACAGACAGCCCAGACUGAGCACUGAUCUCACUCACACGCGGCCGCACGCUGCUGAUUCAGAGGAGGAGGAUCCUGACAUGGAUUCAGCCUUCACCCGUUCCAACGAUCCAGGCCUCGGGUCUCUGGAGCUCCAAAACUUCAAGCCUUACAUCCCAGAGGAUUUUGCCAACUUUGAGGUGUACAAUGCCAGCCUUGAGACCCAAGAUGGGGCCAUAUGUGUGCAGGGAGAAAUGGCGCUGGGGAUCGGAGAGUUAACAGGGACACAGGCUGUGGAAAAAGAAGUGUCCCGUAGUCCCACGGCCAGCUCAUGCACGAGCGGCUACUUCUCCCAUAGUGCCUCGAACGCCACGCUGUCCGACGUGCUCCUCAGCGGUAGUGAUAGUUGUGACCAGCUCAACAGCAGAGAACCUGCAGACCCUCAGGAAGCACUGCACGGAAGAGGGUUGCAUCCUUCCAGAAGUGCCUUGGGAUCUUGUCCAGCCCAAACCGUUCCCACUCAGCCCUGUUCCCAUCACUGCACUGACCGGGACUGUUCCCCUCGGCUUCCCCGCAAAUGUAUCCUGAGCGUCAGUCAAGAAUUCACGGACUUUAAGGGUGCAGAUGAUGGUGUAGGGAAAGAAGACCUUGGUAACAUCAGAUGGAAGGCGGAAUCGAUUCCCCCAAACUUUAAGGGUGUAGAUGAUAGCAUAGGAGAAGACAACCUUGGUAACAUUGGAUGGAAGGCGGAAUCGAUUCCUCCAAAAUUUAAGGGUGUAGAUGAUAGCAUAGGAGAAGACAACCGUGGUAACAUUGGAUGGAAGGCAGAAUCGAUUCCCCCAAAUUUUAAGGGUGUAGAUGAUAGCAUAGGAGAAGACAACCUUGGUAACAUUGGAUGGAAGGCGGAAUCAAUUCCCCCAAACUUUAAGGGUGUAGAUGAUAGCAUAGGAGAAGACAACCGUGGUAACAUUGGAUGGAAGGCGGAAUCGAUUCCCCAAGGCAUUGAUCCCCUGCCCCAGUGCCAUCUCCACAAUGGGAAAGAGUCUCCCAGUGUCCCAGCACCUUACGCCAACCCACAGCUGGAAAAAAGUCAAGGACUCGAGUCCUUUGCAGAUGUAGAACCUUCGGUGGACUCUAGCGAGGACGAGAACGGACCAGUUGCUCAGUUGCCGGACUGGAUGGCCCCCGGUGAGCAAGUUUGGGUGGGCAAAAGGAGUGGGACGGUGCAUUAUGUUGGAGGGGUAGAGUUUGCCAAAGGCAUCUGGGUUGGAGUAGAGCUGGACCUUGCUGUAGGCAAGCACAAUGGUACAGUCCAGGGAAGGGUGUACUUCCGGUGUGCCACAGGUCAUGGUGUCUUCGUGAAGCCAUCCUGUUUGACUCGAGGACCUCCGUCCAUAGACACUGAACCUCAACCUGUGCUUCAGUAGGAGCAGGACAUUUACCCAAUGGUUUGUAGACGAUCUCUUCGGCACCAGCACCAGCGACCGCCUGGACAAACCAAGUGCUAACAGAAUCCAUCCUUCUGAUUUGUUCAUCACGUUAGAGAUUUGUUGGUUCCUCUGAUUCCAUGGCAAUAAACCCAACCUGUGUGUCUUGUGUUGAAGUUAUAGGCCUAUUUCAGUAUCGUCUUUGAAUGUCGAGAGUUGCACAGUUGCACAAACACGUUUUAUAUAUCAUGUAUAGCUGUAAUACUUACAUCCAUCUUGGUUAAUUGGUUACCACUUCUUAUAUGACUAAAUGUAUUAAUCGAAUGAUGCCUAACUCUACUAUACUUUAAGUGAGUUUGAGAUUUGGAUGUCUGUUCAAGGUAAGAGUGUACUACUGUUUAUGACCAUUUUGUUUGCGUGAUUAUAUCAGGUAUUACCAAAGACAUAGCCUUUCAAAUCUGCUGUUCAAACUUCUAAUGUAGAAUACUUUGGCGACGUGUUUUAUGCUUGUGUACUUUAAUAUGUGUUCGACCGAUUUAUGCUAAUGUGCUAAGUGCCAUAUUUCUGGUUGAAAGGCCACAUGCCCAUCAGAACUUCAAAAUUGUGGUCAAUUUUGUUUUAGAUUUAAUAGUAUUUUGAUUGGAUGGCAAGCCAGUUGCUCGUACUCUGUUGCGUUACUGGCUUGUUGAGUACUGUAACUGUUGAAGGACUGCCAAUAUUUCUGUUAACAGAGCUGUCUGAACACUCGCACUGGAGUAACUUAUCCUGGAUGCACAUUAAGUUACGUAAUGCACAGACUUUUACGCAUUCUCAGAUACUGAUUUGACGCUUCUCAGGAGGUUGACGGAAGUGAGGUCACCCCUGAUGUGGAGAGCACCUUGUUUUCUUUAUCAGAGCCUUGCCGGUAGGGAGCAUUUUUGCAAAACACAGAUAUCCUGGUCUACUUCGUAUCGGCUAUAGACCAGAAAUGCCCUAAAGUACUGACACAAGCCCUGUUCAUGAAUGGGGUCUUUUUAGAUAGUCGACUUCUAGGUUCACCCGCCUAAUAAAGAAGCUUUCGAGCAUUUAAAUCCAUGUGUGUUUGACUGUUGAGUAGUAUUUUGAUUAGUUUGUGAUACUAAAGCCAAUAUUAAUGUUUUUAUAGGUAUAAAUGGGAGAUGGGCAAUAUCGGGGAAUGGGAGAUAGCCUGAAUAAUGCUAGUAUGUUUAGUGACCGGCCAUGACCGGUGCUGUUAUUAUUGCUCUGUUUUACCUGAAGAACUGUGGAUCUCAUAAGAAGUGAAUACUAUUGCUGUCAAUGGAGACGGUAAAAUGAAAACCCAAGACCUUACUUAAAAGAAAACAAAGCUGCUCUCCUUGACAAGGAGCUGUACAUAAAAUGUAUGAACAUAGUAUUUACAAUAUUAUAAAAUGUACAGAAUUGUAUUUAUAUUGUAUCUCUGCAGAUGUUGGUACAAAGAUGUUGUAGAAUACAGAACGUUUA